AUAUAUUUAAGUACGUAUGAAAUGCGCGCGCAGCAAGAUCGUUCGAGAUCGUUUGCGAGCUUUCCGGUGCUCUCUCUUUUCCGGCCAGGGGUGCGUUCGAAAACAGCACCCGUGUGUAUAAUGUCACACCUUGUUCGUUCGAAAACACCUAGUGGGCACACUGAGCAUAUACUCGUGGUCGUUCUAAAACCCUACCCCGUUGAGCGUUCGUGUGACUUUUCUCCACUUCCUUUUUUGCGGUGUGAUUCGGUGGAGUGCGAGAAUUGGCGGGAAAGAACUGUGCUGUCAGCGUCAGUUGUGCUUCGCUCAGAAAUUGAUACUCAAAGAUGGUAAACUUAAUCUCAGGUCGCCAUAUUUUAUGUGUGGAUGAUAAGGGAAACCCUCGAAAGGAUGACAUGGGAAAUUUCUAUAUAUUCGACGUUGUUGAUAAUAAGUUGUGCGUGGCCACCGACUGCGAAGAUUUGCGAAACUUUUUCAAUAUACGUUCAGAUGAACAUCCUUCAGCUUCUUCCUUUGGAACAUUAUCUACAGCAUCUAUAGAUGUACCGGAAAAACCUAUAUCUAUACAAGAAUGUGACGACUCCACGGUACCUGAAAAACCUGUAUCUGUAGAGGUACCUGUAAAAUCGAAAUCACAAGAGACAGUUGUGAAAUGGAAGGACGAAAAUGCUAUUAAGGUCUUGAUCAAACUGUGGCAGGAUCAUGAAUCGCUGUUUAAAAGUUCUGUAAUGAAAAAUGUGGAAGUGUGGCGGAUGAUUUCUGAGGGUCUACGAAAAAUGAAUCCUAACUGGAUUUUCAAUGGUGUACAGUGUGAAAAUAAGUUCAAAGACCUCAGAAGACGUUACAUGGCAACAAAGGACCACAAUGCACAGACAGGUGUACAACCCAAAACGUGCAAGUUUUAUAAUGAAAUGGAAGAAGUACUCAGUAUGAAACCAAACGUUAAACCUGUUGCUAUUGCAUCUAGUUUGAAAAGACGUCCCACUGUUCAAAGUGGCUGUUCCACUCCAAAAUCAGGAGACAUCUCUACAGAAGCAUGUGAGAGCAGCGACAGUGGUGAACAGGAAAUAAAAGUACAUAAGACAGAGAAAAAUAUGAAAAGAAACAAGAAUGGAACAUCAAUUGGAGGCUUGGUUAUUGGCUAAUCAAGCUGAGGCACAAAAGAAGGAAGAAGCACGAGAGCAACGACACAAAGAAAGUAUGGAGAGAAAGGAAAUAACUAUUAAAGUUUAUGAAAACUUUAUGUCCAAACUUCUUGAUAAACUUUAAAUGUUAGUUGAAUUUUUUCUGCUACACCUGAUCUAAGUGAUUGUGUGAACUUAAUAGCAUAUUAGAUGUGACAGUAAUUGAAAUGCUGUGAUAUGUUGUACCUUCUUUUAAAAUACUGUUAGAUUUUAUUUUUAAUUACUGUUAAGCCCGUAUUAGACUACGCAUUGAAAAUUGAAGAUUGAAGAUUAAAGAUUGGAAUUUGACUAAUCAGAACAAAAGGGACUAAAAUUUCUUUAUUCUGAUUUGUCAAAUUUCAAUCUUGAAUCUUGAAUCUCAAUCUUCAAUGCGUAGUCUGAUACGGACUUUAGAUGACAUGUACCAGCAGUAUUUGUUGUAGUUUUGUAAAAGAUUUUUACUAUUGUUAAAGCACUGAGAUUGUGUACAAAAAAGUAUUAUCAAAGAAAAUUUUGUUUAGUAAUAUUAUGUUUAAGUAAUAUUAUUAUUAAAUUAUGUAGAAGAUAUAUAGUACUAUUAGUUGUAUUAUUUUAAAAAGUGAUUUUUAUGUGUUAAAGUUAGAUUCUGUUAAAAAACUGUACUAUCACUAUAAGUUCUACUUUCGUAAAAAUGUGAUUUUCGUUUUCAUUAAGAUACAAUAAAAUACCGUAUAAUGUUUGUUUA